GAGUGGCGCGUUGGUCUGUUCGAUUUGUGUGCGAAUCUGGAUUACGGUUUAACAAAUGGACACACUGCCAAAACAUAACGUAUGACUACAGAGUCCGCUUUAACAAAACAAACGAAAAACAAAAAUAAAAACAAGAAGAGAAGCUUUCUCAUCGGACGGACGGACGACUGGGGCUGUGUUGCUUCGGUUUUUAUUUGGUUUCCUUCUUUUGUUUUCGUCCUUCUUCUUCUUGUUCUUCUUCCGUUUGCUUCGUUCGUUUACUACCACUGCUGCCCGACAAGAUUGUAUCACUCGUCUGUCGCGUCGUAUGUUCCGUUUGUUAUGAUGAUGAUGAUGAUGACGAUGUUAAUGCUGAUGUGAUUUUAGUUUCAGUCAUCAAAUAAAGUUUGAGCUCGUCGGUUCGCUUUUGCUAACGGUCCGCGGAUGAAUUGCGCAAUCACAGUUGGAAAAUCGGUGCGUUCAUUUUCCAGUCGUGGCAUUCAAUCGAAAGUGAAUUUUUGUGCACCAACAAAUUAAUAUAUGUACAUUAUGUAUGCAAUUUUAGUUUGAAAAGUGACAAUUGUAUCGAACAAAACGGAACUGCAAGAAAAACAAAGACACAAACAAUACGGUCUUGUCAAGCAGCCACAAAUUGGAUUUGUUGUUGUUCUCUUUAAGUAACUGACAAAGAAGUAAGUAAACAAGAGAGAUUACCCGGAUAAACGCAACAAUUAUGAUGUUUAAACGUACGACGACAUCAACAAAAACAAAAACGACAGCAACACCAACACCAAUGCCAAUGCUAACGUCAAGCUCAAGCUCCAGCUCAACUAUGAAAAGAAAAUUGUCAUCCUCGUCGAGAUUGUCGUUGUCGUCUUCAACUCGGUUAUUAUUGCCAUUGUGGCAAAAUAUCAAUUUUAAUAAAUCCAAUGACAUAACAAUAACAAAAACAACAACAACAAUACCACAACCAAACAACAUAAAAAAUGAGUGUAUAUAUAAAGCAACAACAUCAGCAAGAAAACCACCAACAUCAUCUCGGCCAUUGUCACCGCCAACGACUUGUGCUCAUGGAGAACUCCAACAUAAUACGAACACUAACAACAGCAAAGUAGCUCGAAUCGACAACAGCAAACAAUAUUAUAGCCAACUAGCAGCCGUUGAAUGGAACGGCGACAGCAACAGCAACACCAAAAGCAACAGCACCAUCACCACCAGUAUCGGCAACAAUUUCAACAUCACUGCCAACAACAUAAAAGCUUGUAAACAUAACGACAGCAGUAGCAGCAGCUGCAGCCGUCGCAGCAGGAAAGGACACAUCAAUAGUUCUCCGUGCUGUUGGCAGCGGUCAUUGUUGGGUGCUUCCUCCACUUGGAUAUUUUGCCUUUGGCUAUGGAUUGCAAUAUCGUCAUUGGUAUUUGUCCAAUGUAUACCAUCACCAUCUUCGUCAAUACAACAGCCGCAAAAACGAGGUGGUGGGUCUGUUGACAUCUCCAAGGAUCAGUGCAACAAAACCGUCGAUAUCUUCGAAGAUGUAAGUUCGCCCGAAGUGAAUCACAUAAAUGUGGGCCGGCCCCUGACCUGCUGGUAUCGAUUUCGAACGUUAAAAGGUGCACCCAGAGAUUUCGUUUUACGGCUGCGUUUCAAGAAAUUUAAGGUUGGAACUCUCUUAAAUGCAACACAUUGUGAAGGUGGCUAUCUGCAGAUUGUUGAUGGCAAUGCCAAAACGGAUGUGUCAAAUCGUCGAGAGCCGGGUAUGUUCUGUGGCGAAGCGGAGCAGCCGCAAACAUUUAUCAGUGAGACGAGCUAUGUGAAGGUUAUGUUUCAUACGGAUAACUUUACGGAUCAGACUUACUUUACAUUUGAUUCUCGGGCCGAGCAACAAACUGAGGUCUACCCCCGCUAUGGUCCACAUCCGGAAUUGUAUCCCAAUCGCCGGGGGGAAGUUGUACAGGGAUCGUAUUGUGAACGAGAAUAUCGUGACUGCCGCCUACAGACCUGUUACGUUCAAUCACCUGCCUAUCCCGGCCUAUAUCCCAGAGCCUUGAACUGCCGCUACAAACUGCACACACGCCAGCCUUAUAUAAAAUUGUAUUUGCAGAACGAACAGUUUGCGGUCGAUGGUCAAAGAUGCGAAAAUGUCAUGACCUGUCCCAUUCGCCACAUUGGUUCCGGCAACGAGCAUUGUCCCUACGACUGGUUGGCUGUCUACGAUGGACGCGAUGAACAUUCACCGCUGAUUGGUAAAUUCUGUGGCCUAGGAAAAUUCCCCUUUAGUAUUAUAGGCACUUCACAAUACAUGUACGUUGAGUUCGUUACAUCACCUGCUGGACCUCUGCUCAACACUGGCUUCCACUUCAAUGUUGGCAAUUGGCCAGGUCAUGUCGAAACGGCUGGCAUCAAACACGGCAUAUGCGAUUGGCUGCUAAGUUCUGACUCGCUCAAAGAUAGCAGUGCCAGUGAGGGUAUAUUCCUGAGCAUAGCCCACUGGUAUCCGCCAAACACCUCAUGCAGUUAUCACAUCAAAGGACGAGCUGGUGAAAUAGUGCGUCUAUAUUUUCCAAGUUUCCGCAUAAAUCGCAUUGAAUCGCCCAUUUUGAAAUACGAUGAAGAUUGUGGAGAAUCUUUGACCAUCUAUGAUUCCGAUCGUGCCGAUCCAGCUCGAAUCAUUAAGACAUUUUGUGAUACCUUCUCCAGGCCAAUGGAAAAGGUGGACUUCGUCAGCACCAGUCCCUCGCUUUUUGUGCAGUUUGAAUCGAAAACUGGCUCCUAUAGUGGCUCAUCGCUUUACUUCUGGGCCCACUAUGACUUCUUCAACAACACCCGCUUUGGAGAUCCUGUCCCUAAUACUCUGUGCGAUGAAGUUAUGUACGCCUGGAAACAUCCGGGAGGAAAGAUUCGUUCGCCAAUGAAUUCAUUGAUAUUCAAGCGGACUGGCGGUUCGGAUGUCAGAUGCCAAUAUAAAUUUGUAACCGAUCGUCGGCUAUAUGCCCGGGCUGUUAUCGAAGUCAGUUCGGUAAUGUUCAAGGAAUUGCCCUACAACAACAAUGCCUGCACGCGCUGCCAUGAGGAGCGAGUAGAUAAGCUGGUUAUUUGGGAGGAGCGUGAGAAAUUCCAAAACAAUUUGGCCUGCUUCUGUGACAAUAUACCAAGACCGGUGCGAGUCAUCUCCUCAGCGGAUCAAAUGAACUUGGAAAUGAUUGUACAGGGCCAACAUGCCAUAACUUCGUACUUCAAGAAUCCCAAUCCCCUGUUUGAGGCUUCGUAUGAAUUUGCCCAUGGUCCGUUGUGUGGGCCCAUUACUUUGGGUCCCUCGCCGGAUGGCGAAUUGGUAUAUCCCUACAAAAAGGCAUUGGCCCUGGUGACGGGCCCCAUGGCUGCCCAGCCGGAACAUCACUAUAGGCGAGAGAAAUGCAUCUGGGAACUAAAGGUGGCCUCCCAAAGGGAUCUUUGGCUCAAUUUGGAAAAGGCACGUUUUGGUGAUCGCACCUGCGACAGCGCCAAGAUUGAGGUUUACUUGGCUGGACGAUUGGAACCACGAUUUAUUAUAUGCCCCGAAAACGUAUCCUUGGCUCGGGAUUUACCCAUACUCUCAACUGCCGAUUUGGGAGCUUUGGGUUCGGACCAAGAACCAUUGCCGGUACUCAUACAAUACACCGGAGAUGGCCAACCAGGCAAGAACAUUUUCCGUUUGGUGUGGACCGAAUUAUUCCAUUUGCCACGUAACCCGGAUGGCAGCCUGGCUGCUUCACUGCUACAGGACAAUGAGUGUAGCUUCAAGUGCCCUGGUAAUCCGAAUAUUUGCCUGCCUCAACGUUUCGUCUGCGAUGGCAUACAAAAUUGUCCCAAUGUCAGCCACACCACCUCCCAACUGGAAGACCUUACCCAGCAUUUGCAAUGGAAUUUGGAGCAACUGGAUUUGUGGCACAUUCACAAGGACCAGCCACAGCAUUUGAGCAGUAAACUCCUAGACGACGAGUCGGCUAUUUUGUGUGUGAAGAAGUACCAGCGCCGGGCCAUGACUGUUGGAGAAAUUGCCUUCUUUUCCGCCAUUCUAGUAUCGAUAAUCGUUUUAAUAGUUCUCAUAUUACGUUUGAUGUGUCGAGGGUCCAAGCACAAGGAAGCGACGAGUAGUUAUUGAAAAGCAAGAGAGGGAGAAUGAGAGAGAGUUAUCUUGAGAGAGAGAGAAACGAAAAAUAAGCAGACACUUGUCAUUUACACGAAUUUGUUGAACUUUUCUUGAAAAAAAACCCAAAAAAAAGAACUAUACAAACACAAAGAAAAGAAAAUAAAUACACACACAUACACCAACACCUUCUUAUACACAACUAAUAAAGUUAUUUAGUAAAUAGUUUGAAUUGAAUUGAAACAAUAGCAAUUAUACUAUUAAAACAAAUCGGGGAAAUAAAACGCAAAACUCUAAAAAUCCAACCCGACAUUAUCCUACAAAAAUGGAAUUUUGAAUUUUUAAUGUAAUUUUUGUUAUUCUUUAAACAAAACAAGAUACUGCCUUUGUUUGCCACCAGAAAAUAAAAUAAGAUUUCCCUUUUUAAGAAACAAGGUCUAAGGCGAAGUGAGAAGGCGCCAGCCAAUACCAGACCACGAAAUAUUAACUUUUAAAAAGUUAAAAGUAAUUAUUAAUUAAUUUACAAUAAUCAAUGUCUGUCUUUAAAAAACUCAAAGAUUUUUCACUUCACCCAGCAAACAAUUUCAAGAACAGAACGUGAUGUGAGUGUGGAGUAGUAGACACCACAGUACCCGCUCAGAAGACAAAAUCCAAUAAAUGAAAUCAAUACAAUAGAUAACAAGCAACAAAUAAACUUUAAUGAAAAGAAAAAAAGACGAAAAUGAAAA